CAAAAACUAUGCAAAGAAUUAUAUGUAGGAACACUUACGGCGUUCGUUGAAGUUUGAGUCACUUGAAAAUCACAAAAUGGAAUAUUACAUUUCCUAUGUUGCUGCAGUCGUCUUCAUCUUUGUAUUUAGAGCUCUCGAAACUUGUUCAGCGAAGCAAAUAACCAUCCAGAUUCCAAAGGCGAAGCCAUCAGACGAUGGAUGGUACGGUUAUACGGAGCUUCAAUCAUGUGGCUACUCCAUUGGCAACUCAUCGUAUUUCGAGUUUUCGGUGAAGACCUGUACCGGUGCACAAGUAGCGUUGAUGUCAGGUCCAAUGGACAAUUACCAGUUGUAUGAAGUGGUGAUUAGCGGAAUGGACAACUAUGAGACUGUUAUUCGUAAAUAUAAAGGUGGUAUGACCAUGAUUAGAAGUCACGGCGGCAUGCUGGACUGUUCGGCAUUCAGGGCCUUUCAGAUACAUUGGGACAAUGGAGUAAUUUCUCUUGUUAGAAAAUGUCGUCUAGGAAAGUGGCUGAAAAUUCUGAGUUGGAAGGAUCCUAAUCCUAGACCGAUAAGAUAUGUUGGAGUUACGACUGGCUCAUGGGCGUCGAGUACUUGGAGGUUCAACCAGAAUGUCGGCGAAAAUCAAGAUACUUUACAAGAUAUCCAAUUUGAGACGCGCAAGCAAAAAGGACCCAACUAUUACUACACGCAUCUGACAGACUAUCAGUACAAAAUGGGACAACAAACGUCCAUUACAUUUAGUGUAAAAGCAUGUAGUGAUAUCUACGUCGCACUUUUAUCCAAGGAUACUGACACGUGUACCAUGUACGAAGUUAUCAUAGGUGGGUAUGGUAAUACAAUAUCCGUCAUUCGACGUGGGAAGAACCGAUACAACUACGUCAAGAAACCGUCUUCCCCAGCCGACUGUAACGAGUUUAGGUCGUUUAUCGUCAGUUGGCCAAGGGGAGUUGUCUCCGUUUGGUACGAAACUAAAGUUGGAGACUGGCAGUUUCUGAUGUCUCUGAGGGAUCGAAAACCGAUAGAUGUUCGAUAUAUUGGCAUGACGACAGGAAAAGCGGCAUCAGGAACGUGGAAAGUGGCACUUUAGACUUUAUCUGACCAGGGGACAAAAAUAUAAAGAUAAUGUUACAUUUAACUAUAUAAUCGCAUUGAUGUGCGAGUCAAAUAAAAUGUCGAUCGGAGAUAUCGGUCAAAUUUGCU